UCAGUGCCGUGGUGAAUUAGGAUGAUGUUGACUGAUGUUUGGCUCGAUGUUUCUUCAGCUGUGUACCAACUCCCUCGGCAAAACACACCAUAGGCAAUUAUAUGGAAUGAGCAAGAUGAAUAAAAAUAAACUGAUUCAUGAUUUGCUGGAAGUAGUUUCAAGAGGUGAUGUGGAACUCAUCUGUGACCAUAUUACUAAAGUCCAUUCCAUUCUUGGAAACCUUGACUUUCAGCAUCCAAAGACUGGGAAUACACCUCUCAUUACUGCAGCAGAAGAAAAUCUAACAGAGGUUGUUGAGUUUCUUCUGGAAAAGGGAGCAGAUAUCACCCUUUGCAAUUACGACAAUCGAACCGCGGUCCAUGUGGCUAAUUGUGAUGUCCAAAGACAGCUCUUGGCCACCAAUGGAAUCCAGGCUUCCCAAAUGCAACUUCUACGAAGUUCAUGGCAAGGUGAUCUUGAACAACUUCAGCAACUGUUGGCAUCGGAAGAGUUCCUGGACGUAAAUUUCCCAAACCAGCAUGGCCUGACCCCUCUGAUGCUGGCUGUGAGAGACGUGGACCUGUUUGAGAGUCUUGAGAUGUCAACAGCCUACAGACCCGCGGAGGUUCUGGCUGAGCUCCUCAGGCACCGCGCAGAUCCUAAGCUCUGUGAUUUUAGUGGAAAAUCAGCAAUACAUUAUGUGUCACAAAUAAAGAGUUUUAAGAAACAGCAGUUAUUGGACAUUCUAAUGAAUUCUAUGCCAAAACCAGACGAACAUGCUGAAUCAUUGCUUGACAUUUGUCAUGAUACAAAUUCUUCUCCAACCAAUAUGACAGUUACCCAAAACCAAAAUAUACUCUUGCAAAGCAUCAGCAGCAGUGAGGAGUUUGAUCAAGAUGAUGGCUGCAGUCAUUCCAUAUUGGUUAAAGAAGGAGGAGAUCCGAGUGGUGAUGGACGAGAUUGGCAACCCAGGACAGAAGGUGUCGAGAUUAUUGUUACUUUUCCAAGAGACGUCCAUCAUGCCCAAGAGAUGAGCCAAGAAGAUUUCAAAGAAAGCAAUCAGAUAACCUCAGAGCAUCAAGAAUGGGCACAAGCACCUUCUGUUCCUCUUCCAAAUGAAAUUGAGAUGAUGGACUUCGGAACAAAGAUGCCAACCACACAGCCUUUUCUCCUGGAGACAGAAGAAAGCCCCAAGGAGCUCUGCGAUGAGAACCUGGUCUUGUUACCAAGACCUUGCUUAGAACCCCACAUCUCCAAGUCUGUAGCCAGAGAUGUGCCUCACCCUCUGAGAGGCCAGCAGAGAAAAUCUGAAGAGUUUUCUGCCUCUGAUAUGAAGUACAGUAGCCGAAGAAUUGAGUUCCCUCUGCCACCAUUGUCAUUCUUGCCCAUGAGACCUGGUCUUCUUACUAUCCCCCCAAAUCACAAGUAUCCAAAAGAGAGAAAGAAAAAUCUUGAUUCUUUCGAACCUAAGCUCUCUGAGCCUGUUAGUCGAUCUGAUGAGUUAAGGCCACCAAACAAGCAACUGGAAGCCUCAUUCAAAGUGUUUGUGGAUCAGACUCUCGGGUCCUCCAAUAGCUCUAUUUGGUCCAGAAACAUGUGCUCUUUUUGGAAGACUAACCAUCACAGGCAACACCUGAAGAUGGAGGAGAAUGGGAAAUUGAAGGAAACAGAAGGAUGUGACAAAAUUCCAAUCUCUCACUUUGAAAAAAGGCAGUCUUUGGUAUCCUUUGAGAAUUUGAAGGCAGGCAACUUUCCUGCAGACAGGGAAGUGGAUAUGGACUGGCCUGGCAGUGAAAUGAGAAAAGCAGAAGAGAACUCUCAAUGUCUUUCAUCGGGGAAGAUAGAGGGUUCCGUAGCCAGAAACUAUGAACAAAAUUCAGAUGUUGAAUGUAACAUGCCAAUCAAGUUCCAAAAAGCCCAGCAUUCAGAAACAACUCUAAGCAAGGAUAAAGGGACUAGAAAUGAUAAAGAUGAUUCAAAAAGCGCUUCAGUGCAUAAAGGUGAACUAAUUGAACCAAACCAUAUUUUAGAGGAAUUUACUGUACUUAAAAGUUUGUACAAUGUAAUUCCUGACAGCCCCAUUGAAAGGCUGCUGGAAGAUCAUAACAACAUGGAGAAACAUACAAAAAUAUCAAUAGCAGAGGCAAGCAAAUCAGGAAUGAAUGGGAUAGUGCCUCUUAUCCACAUCACUUUCCCUGGAGAUGAGACUCCCAAGGAACCAGCCAUAGCCAAGCCAAGCCUCCAAAAAAGAAAGGGCGCCCUUCAUAACAACAGCUUCAACAUACGUGCACACCAAGAAAAUGACAGGCGUACGAUGAAAACCCAUAGAAAUAAGUUCGAUCCAAAAACCAAGACCAGUAACAGGACACCUCAGAAUGUCAUGAUUUCCAUUGAUGGUCCCAUGAAGCCUACCAUGCAUAAAACCAGCAUAAAGACUCAAGUUUUCCCUUCUUUGGGGCUUGUUGAGCCCAGACCUCGGCAAUCACCCAAGUUUCAAAGGAGAAUGCCUCAGAUAGAAAAAAAGCAAUCAACUUACUGGGCUCUGAAACCUAAAAAGCAAACAUUUCCUUGCAUCUGUAAAAAUCCAGGAAUAAAAAAGUCUUUAGCUCCUAUCCCUGUUCAACCAAUAGAGCCGAGACUAAAUUACCUAGAUCUUAAGUAUAGUGAUAUGUUCAAAGAAAUCAACUCAACUGCUAAUGGACCUGGAAUCUAUGAAAUGUUUGGGACCCCAGUUUAUUGUCACAUGAGAGAGGCUGAACGGCAUGAAAAUAAAUAUUACCGGGAGAUAUGCUCAGCUCCGUCAGGCAGAUGUAUCAACGGUAAAUGUAGAUCUUCACACGGUGAGAGGAGCGGCAAUAGCAGAACAAGGUUUUCUCAGAAAAGACAACAUGUUAAGCCCCCAAAGGCGUUGCUUGGAAUUAAACACAGGCACAAAAGUUUAAUUUCCAAAGAAAAGGGUUGCAAGGCUGUAGGUAGCAAACUACAAGACACUGAAGAUGGUGGUGGUAUUUCAGAGCCAGAGUGGCAGAUGAAGUCUUUGGGAAAUGACUUUCUGUCUUCCAAAGACGAAAUUCAGCCCAUGAACUUUACUCAGACUCAUGAACAGUCCACUGAACAGAACAAAUUCCUUCCUGUCUCAGAUUUGUCCAUUGUUGAAGAAGUCCCUAUGGAAGAGUCCACCGAUGAAGGAGACAUUUCUAACAAUCAAAUUCUUCCCACAAGCCUCAGGGAUCUGCAUGAACUUGAAGAGCUACAUCACCAGACCCCCUUUUUCCUUUCAGAAUACAGCAGGGCAGGGCCCAGUGAGAAGAGUUUCAACAAACAUGUACCACAAGAAAAGCAGAGCAUAGCAUCUCUUGGUAAAAAUAUUGCCAACCAAAUCUUAACGAAUGAUGUAGAGUUUGACAGUUUGAUAGAUACACCUAAAACACGUACGAAUCUCUCUUUCCAAGACACACAAGGAAGUGCAUCUUCUCAAACAUAUCAACAUUGGGCACAUUCUUUGGAUCAUGAUAGUUUAGCUAGUAAGUCAAUUACACACCAAACAUUUGAAAAAGCUUUAAAUGAUGCAAAUUCAAUUUCCCAAGAAAUCCUCGACUCUAUAAAGAGCCAAGAAUUGACAGAUGAACUAUUAGGUUGUCUAGCUGAAAAACUACUAGCUCUUGAUGAGAAAGAUAACAACGCUUGUCAGAUAGUGGCAGAUGAAACAGAUCCUGAAAACAUAAAUCUCAUCUUCAAUAGGAGAGGAAAUACCAUGCAAGAGUUCGGUGGAGAGACAACCAAUGUCAAAAUACAGAGACAUAGUAAUGGGUUCGGAAUAUAUGACGAGGAGAAAUUUCUCAAUGACAAGAAAAUAUUUUCUGAAAAUAGUUUAAAGUAUGAAGAAGCCAUCCUGUGGACCAAGGGUGAGAUCCUUGGGAAGGGAGCCUACGGCACAGUAUAUUGUGGUCUAACUAGCCAAGGAGAGCUAAUAGCUGUAAAACAGGUGGCUUUGGAUACCUCUGAUAAAUUAUCUACUGAAAGAGAAUACCGGAAACUGCAGGAAGAAGUGGAUUUGCUCAAAGCGCUGAAACAUGUCAACAUUGUGGCCUACUUGGGGACAUGCUUGGAAAAAAACACCGUGAGCAUUUUCAUGGAGUUUGUUCCUGGUGGUUCAAUCUCUAGUAUUAUCAACCGUUUUGGGCCAUUGCCUGAGAUGGUGUUCUGUAAAUACACAGAACAAAUUCUGCAAGGUGUUGCUUAUCUCCACGAGAACUGCGUGGUGCAUCGAGAUAUCAAAGGAAAUAAUGUUAUGCUCAUGCCUACUGGAAUAAUAAAACUGAUCGACUUUGGCUGUGCCAAACGUUUGGCCUGGGCUGGCGUAAAUGGCACUCACAGUGACAUGCUUAAGUCCAUGCAUGGGACUCCCUACUGGAUGGCCCCAGAGGUCAUCAAUGAGUCUGGCUAUGGGAGGAAGUCAGACAUCUGGAGUGUGGGCUGCACUGUGUUUGAGAUGGCCACAGGCAAGCCUCCGCUGGCAUCCAUGGACCGGGUGGCAGCCAUGUUCUACAUUGGCGCACACCGGGGACUGAUGCCACCCUUACCUGAACACUUCUCAGAAAAUGCAGCGGACUUUGUGCGCAUGUGCCUAACCAGGGACCAGCACGAGCGCCCCUCUGCUGUUCAGCUCCUGAAGCACUCCUUCUUGAAGAGAAGUUACUGACUACGCACCAACACUUUCUCUCCAGUUCCAUUACAGAGCCGGUUAUUGCUUCAUUGUGGGAUGAUGUUAAAGGACCUUGGUUUUCCUACUGGAAAGUCAAUCUAACCCAGUUAGAUCCUACAGUGUCGCUACCUGAAAAGUUUGUUACACAGUCUCUCGAAGGUUCGGGCACGAUUACUUAUGUAUAUGAGAAAAUUUUUUUAAAACAAUAACAACCCCGCCGCCCCCACGUAUUCCAGUGUUUACAGUUUUGACUAUCCGGUAACUAUAAUCUCUAUUGCUUAUACAAUAUUUCCUUUUAUUUUUGUCCUAUUUUAAUGUCAUUAGUUUAAAAUAAAUUGUGAAAAAAAAAUUGUACUUAAUUGCUCAGUGGGUGGGUAGACACUUAUUUAAUUUUUACAAAAGAGACUUGAGGAAGGUGAGAGGUUAAAAGUAGAGAGACACUAGGCUGUGUUUAUUUUGGGCUACAAUCUUAACCUUGCAGGUGAUGGGAGCAUCAUGGUUAACAGGAAGAGCUAAAGGCCUUAGUAUUUCACUAUCAGAGGGCCCCAAACUCCUCUGAAGUCUCCAACUACAAGAAGCGGGUUAUACUAAGUGGCCUCAUAAACCUCAGACUGCUUUUCCUAUAACUUACAGUAUGAUUUGAGGUCUUCACUUAUUUGUAGAGUGAAUUAGGUCAUUGCCACAUGUAGAACUAGCCAAACCUAGCCCACGGGUGGGAUAAAGCUAGACUGGGUAAGGGGAGAGGAUCAGCAUGUAUAACUUCCAGGGCACCCUGGUCACUUCACUACAAGAACAUCCCCACUUAGGCCACUCUCCACCUUCACAUCCCAAACACUGAUAAACCUCACCAAAAUGAACAGGGACAAGUGUCAAAAUUAUUACAAGCCCUUGUUUUAAGUUGGUGGACUAAGCCUAUUUGAUAAGGUUUCUAUAGCUGGAUUUUUUUUUUUUAAACUGGCUAUCAUUUCAACAUGUCACAACUACAAACUUGAGGUGCAUUCUAACACCAGUUGUCAGAUUGUUAAAGUUAAGCUGCUGCUUCAGGUUUUGAGAAAUACAUGUGAAAUGAAGUCCAGCUGAGGUAAAACAGGUUUUACUUUGGUCAACAUGCUUACAUGGGUUUCUGUGAGUAUACUUUCCUUCUUUCUCUCCAAUUUGUACAGUUCUUUCUCAUAGUUGAGAGGAAUUUAAGGGAUAUGUUGUCUCUUAUUUUACUUACAAGCAUACCUCAUUUUAUUGAGAUUUGCUCUAUUGUAUUUCACAGAUGUGUUUGGUGUUUUCUUUUUCUUUUUCUUUUUACAAAUUGAAGGCAAGCCCCUCCACCAGCAAAAGGUUUGCAACUUACUUUAUUGCAGUGCUUUGGAACUGAAUCUGUAAUCUGAGUUAUUCCUGUAUUUGUGUAUCUACAUAACAUGAAACAUCAUUUUAUUUAAGUAGGGCUUACAUUUAAAAUUUUUAGUUGGGAUCUUUAGUAUGAUUUAAAAUCUGAGUGGUCUUACCUUAUUUUGGAGCAAUUAUUUACGUUCAAGCCUAUUAAACCUUAUGGGGAAAGGGCAGGGAGUCAGAUGUUUGUACUAUGUAUACAAAUCACAGUAAUGGACACGUGUCUUUGGUAUUAACAAACCUAUCCCUCUUUUAUGGAUAUAGAAUUCUGAAGUGUUGGAAUAUUAAACAGACCCUUCAAAACUUUAAAGUUUCGCCCUAGCUGGUCUGGCUUAGUGGAUAAAGCAUCAGCCUGUGGACU